CAUUUUGCCCCGCCUGAUAAUGAGAUGUGGGCGGGCUUCCGUGUGACGCUGACCAAUCAGACGGCUCUUCACCUCAGCGAGUCCCGAGCGCCUCGCCCCAUUGCGAGACGCGUACGGAGAGAAACGGACGGCUUCUGAAAGAAACACUGAAAACAAACCCGUUAACGGAGAACAGCUACGAGUCCUCCGCCUGGCUAGAUAAACGUGUGUAAUGAACGGAGACUCAGGUGCAGGGGUGAUGACGGCACCCCCGCCCACUAACCCCCCUCACAAGGAGCGUUAUUUCGACCGUGUGGACGAGAGCAGCCCAGAGUACCAGCGAGAGAGGAACAUGGCUCCAGACCUCCGACAGGACUUCAACAUGAUGGAGCAGAAGAAAAGAGUCUCCAUGAUUCUACAGAGUCCAGCGUUCUGUGAUGAGCUGGAGUCUCUGAUUCAGGAUCAGAUGAAGAAGGGUAAAAAUCCCACCAGUCUGCUCGCCCUGCAGCAGAUCGCUGACUUCAUGACCACCAGCGUCCCCACCAUGUACCCUGCUGCGCCACAGGGAGGCAUGGCAGCCCUCAACAUGAGUUUAGGGAUGGUGACUCCAGUGAAUGACCUCAGAGGUUCAGACUCCAUCGCCUAUGAGAAGGAAGAGAAGCUGUUGCGCUGCAAACUCGCCGCGUUUUACCGUCUGGUCGACCUUUUCGGCUGGUCUCAACUCAUCUACAGCCACCUGACUGUCAGGCUGAACUCUGAAAAAGAACACUUUCUGAUUAUACCUUUUGGGCUUCUCUUCAGUGAAGUAACCGCCUCUAGUCUGGUGAAGAUUAACCUGCAGGGGGAGAUCGUAGACAGAGGCAACACAAAUCUGGGUAUAAACCAGGCCGGCUUUACCCUCCACGCUGCCAUCUAUGCUGCCCGCCCUGAUGUCAAGUGCAUAGUGCACAUUCACACGUCCGCUGGUGCCGCGGUGUCUGCGAUAAAGUGUGGUCUGCUGCCCAUCUCACCUGAGGCUCUGACGCUGGGCGAGGUGGCAUACCACGAUUACCAUGGUAUUUUGGUGGACGAGGAGGAGAACGUCCUCAUACAAAAGAGCCUGGGUCCCAAGAGCAAGGUGCUGAUUCUGAGAAAUCAGGGGCUGGUGUCUGUUGGAGAGACAGUCGAAGAAGCUUUUUACUACAUUCACAAUCUGGUCACAGCCUGUGAGAUUCAGGUACGCACACUCGCCAGCACCGGCGGUCCUGACAACCUGGUGAUGUUGGACCAGGCGAAGUAUAAAUCUCGCCCACAUCACCCUGAGCCAGCUGGAGACGGGCCGAGCCCGCACCCGAAAUGGCGGAUCGGGGAGCAGGAGUUUGAGGCAAUGAUGAGGAUGCUGGAUAAUCUGGGCUACAGGACUGGUUAUCCGUACCAUUGUCCGGCGCUCCGUGAUAAAGCUAAAAAGUACAGUGAUGUUGAGAUCCCACCAUCAGCCAUGGGCUACUCGUACACUGAUGACAGUGACUCGGGUGCGCUCUCCCCGUUAAAGCACAGCUUUCAGCGGCAACAGCGGGACAAGACUCGCUGGCUAGCCUCCGGGCGGCCCGACGAAUCAGCAGAGGAGGGGCAGGACGGCAGCGGUAGCCCCAAGGCGAAGACUAAGUGGACAAAGGAGGACAGUCUCCGACAGGCUGCUGUGGCCAAUCAGUUUGUCCCGUUGAACACCAAUCCCAAAGAAGUCCAAGAGAUGCGCAACAAGAUCCGUGAGCAGAAUCUGCACGACAAAAAGACCGCAGGUCCACAGUCACAGGUGCUCACAGGUGCCAUGGUGGACCGUUCUUAUGUACAGGGGGAGCUAGUGACCGCAUCUAAAGCCAUUAUUGAGAAGGAAUACCAGCCGCGUGUCAUCGUCAGUAAAACUGGACCAAACCCCUUCAACAAGCUCACAGAUCAGGAACUGGAGGAGUACCGCAGGGAAGUGGAGCUCAAGCAGAAAGGCACGGAAGGUCAGACACAGGAGAUUGAAGAGGGCAAAGUUCCCAGUGCCACCUGCACUCCCCCCAGCUCACCUGUGCGUGUAGAAGCCUCUGAAGUCACCACCCUCCCUGCAGAAGAGCCUGCCCGUGAGAUAGACUCCACCCCUCAGUUAGUGGGGGAGGAGCCUGUUGCUGGCAGUGAUGAAUCGCCCAACAAAUCGCCCUCAAAGAAGAAAAAGUUUCGCACCCCGUCGUUCCUAAAGAAAAACAGAAAGAAGAGUGAAAGCUAGAGAGGAAGAGUGCUCAGGCGUUAGUAAAUACCCUACUUUAAAAACCAUUUUUAUUUUUUUGUACUGUGUUUGUUCACAUUUGUGUUGAUUUGUUUUUAUGAAAGGGUCAGAUUGCUUUUUUUCUUUGAACAGUUCUUUUAUAAACGCUGGCUGACUGGUAAAGUGUACUUUGAGGUAAAGUGUGGCUUGUUAGUCAUGAGCUCACACAAUGAUGUCAUCAUUAUCUUCCCUGUUUUUAUAAAAAAUCUUAAUCUGAAUAACCACUAUUAUGUAUUGGGAAUGUCUCAAAUGUUAUUUUUAGAGAAAAAGGAAUGAAUGGAAGAGUUAAAUUUCCUCCAGGUGUUAAUUCAGAUUGUAACGCUGCUGCAUGCUUUAGAUUUAUCAAAUCAUGUCUAUAAACAUUUAAAAAAUGGAUGAUCCAGAGUGUAAUGGUCCAUGUAUUCAUAAAAUACAAAGAUUCACAACAGAUCUCACCUGACCAGGUACAUGCUGUGCUAAACUUGUCAAGAACAUGUCCGGGUCAUUUUACCCCAAAAUCAAAAGAAAGAAAAUUUUGUUACAAAAAUGUUAGUUUUUUUUUUUUUUGCUUGCUUGCUUGCUUUUUUUUUUUUUUUUUUUUUUUUUUUUGCAUUGUGAUAUAAUCUUCAUUACAAUUAAGCACAUUUACCCCCAGUUUAUUAUUAUUGUAAUGAAAAGGAAAUUAAUUGUGUGUGUGUGUGUGUGUGUGUGUGUAUGUAUGUAUAUAUAUAUAUAUAUAUAUCAUGGUAGUUUUUGUUGUGCUGCCUUUAAAAAAUAAUCAUUGUAUUUCAGUAAUGUGAAUCACUAUUGAAAAUAAUGGGACAUACAGAACAAAAAAAAUAACACAAUUUAGUAAUGAGAAUUUGAAGGGAGAAUGUGCUUAAUUAUCAUUAAAAUAAUAUCAAAAUUUAAAACAUCUUCAGUUUCUUUGUGCAAAAUAGAAUUGCUUAUUUUUUGGUUUCUUUUGACUUUGGGGUGAAAUUUGACCUGGGAAUGUUUUUGUAGGAUUCUCCCUAAAAAGAUUAACUUCUGCAGAUUUGUUUGCAUAUGGCAUUUGCAAUAUACUUAUACCACAUAACACUUUUUCAUUCUUGUUUUAAAAUGAUCUGUAAAUUUAAUCCUGCAGUAAUAAGAAUUAUAUGUUUGCUUUUAUAUAUGUAUUUUAUUUUUAGCUGGAAACUGUCGUUUUGUUUAUUAAUUUAAAACAUUGUCAAGUGACUUGAAAACACUGUUGUAACAACAUUAAAUUGUAUCUCUGACACUAUUAAACAUCCUGUUAAGAAUGACAGACAAACAAAACACUGACUCUGUAAUCCAGAUUUCAUUCAGCCACUAAUGAAAACACACACUAACACACACAUAUUGUGUGUUUGUAACACUGUGAAAAUAUUAAUUGAACCAUUUUGAAUGACCACACAUAAAGUAACGCAUUCAGAUUGAUGUUUGUUGAAUUCAAAAGACUUAAAAAAGGCAGAAAGUAGUGAAAUACGUCUCGGCUACUGUUGUAACCUCCGUUUCCUGAUGGAGGGAACGAGAUGUUGUGUUGAUGAAGUGACACUAGGGGUCGCCCUUGGGAGCCCCAAACACCUCUGAUCUUUGAGAAAAGGCCAAUGGGAAUUGGCGAGUGGAAUUUGCAUGCCACUCCCCUGGACAUACAGGUAUAAAAGGAGCUGGUAUGCAACCACUCAUUCAGGUUUUGUGCUGAGGAGCCGAGACAGGGUCCCGGCCAUUUCAGCAGGUAGUUCAGUGUUGUGGCAGGAGGGACACAACAUCUCGUUCCCUCCAUCAGGGAACGGAGGUUACAACAGUAACCGAGAUGGGGGGGUUGGCACAUCCUGGGCGUGAUAUGCCAUAGCGAUGGCUUCAAUGACCCAGUGUGCAAUCCUCUGUUUGGGACAGUGUUUCCUUUCUGCUGUCCACCAAAGCAGACAAAGAGCUGCUCAGAGCUUCUAAAGCUCUGCGUGCGAUCCAAGUAGAUGUGUAAAGCAUGCACCAGUCACAGCAAUGCCAAGGCUGGGUCUGCCUCCUGAGGCACCGCUUGCAGGUUCACCACCUGAUCCCUGAACGGGGACGUGGGAACCUUGGGUACAUAGCCCUGUCGGGGUCUCAAGAUCAUGUGAGAGAACCCGGGCCGAACUGCAGGCACGGUUCGCUGACAGAGAACGCCUGCUGGUCUCCUACCCUCUUGAUGGAGGUGAGCGCCGUCAGGAGGGCUGUCUUCAAAGAGAGUGCCUUUAGCUCAACUGACUCUAGGGGCUCAAAUGGAGCUCCCCGUAGGCCCCGAAGGACCACGGAGAUGUCCCACAAGGGAACGAGGCACGGUCUGGGGGGGUUUAACCUCCUCGCUCCUCUCAGGAACCUGACGAUCAAGUCGUGCUUCUCCAAAUACUUACCGUCAACUGCAUCGUGAUGUGCCGAUAUAACGGCUACAUACACCUUCAAGGUGGAGGUGCAGAAGCCUCUCCUGCAGAAAGGAAAGCACUGAUCCGACUGUGCAUCCCUGAUGCUCUUCGCGUCAGGAAGAACACCACUUAGCGAACAGAUGCCACUUCAGGUUUUAUAGGUGCCUCAUCGAGGGAGCCCUGGCCUGAGUGAUCGUGUCUACCACUGCCGGUGGUAGGCCACUUAAGUCUUCCAUGUCCCGUCCAAGGGCCAGAUGUGGAGAUUCCAGAGGUCUGGUCACAGGUGCCAGAUGGUGCCACGUCCCUGAGAAAGGAGGUCCUUCCUCAAGAGAAUUCACCAGGGGGGCUGUCACGUGGAGCGUGAGGUCCGAAAACCAAGUCCGGGUGGGCCAAUAAGCACGGAAGCCUUCGAGGCGCCGUACCUGCCAUAAAGGAACGGUGCCUGGCAGUCGUGAUAAAGACGGCCAUGGACACUGACUGUGUGACCCAGGAAGUGAGGAAACUGCUCUUUUCUUAAAUGUGUGUACCGCAGCCCUUGGGGCGUGUGGCAAAAUGAUAAGAAAAGAAAACAAGGAUCCUCCACUGGGGGAAGGAGUGGUGCUCUUACCAGCUCCUGUGCAGCGGGUCUCCGACUUCCUGGGCUGCCUGUCUCAGGGGUGCUUUGAAGCCUUCCAUGGGUUCUUGGCGACCGGCUGUGAGAUGGGUGGUGUCUGCUUCCUGCGGGUCUGCUCCACGCCGGGGCCGGCCUGUUGGGCUGGGCUGUGGUGGAGCCGGUGUUGUUGCCACAGGGGGACAUCCUUGGCGACGAGCAGACGGGGAGCGGGAUUUUGAGCCACGCCAGUGCAGGAUGUGGUGGAUAGCCUCCGUCUGCUUUUGACCAUUGAGAAUUGCUGGCCGAAAUCCUCUACGGUGUCGCCAAAUAGGCCAACCUGGGAGAAGGAGGCGUCAAGGAAUCGCACCUUGUCAGCCUCCCUUGACUCGACCAGGUUGAGCCAGUGUUGCCGUUCCUGGACCACCAGGGUGGACAUCGCCUGCCAGAGAGACCGCGCCGUGACCAUCGUCGCCCGGAAGGCGAGAUCAGCCGCCGAGCGCUGCUCCUGCAUCCACGUUAGGUCAGAACUACCCUUGUGCAGUUCUCUAAGUGCCUCGGCUUGGAACACUUGCAGGAGAGUGGCAUGCAGGGCGGAGACGACCUGUCCAGCGGCACUGUAGGCCUUAGUCGCCAGUGACAAUGUAAGUACCCUCUGGCAGCCCCACCAUUAAGGGUAAUGAGAGUGGAGAAGCUCAGAGACUGGGUCCGGGCAGUAAAAGUUACCCACUGCGAUCGUGUGAGCUCAUCAUGCACCUCCAGGAAGAAAGGUAUUGGGGUGGGGCAUGACCGUGAGUGGUGCUCUGGGCCCAGGAACCAAUCAUCAAGCUGCGAGGGUUCAGGGCGGGGCGGAGGGAUCCACUCCAGCCUGACGCUCGCAGCCGCCCGGGCAAGCAUGGCCGUCAGCUGCGCAUGGCGUGAGACUGAACCAGCCUGCUCUCUGAUGCUGUAAUUGAAAGCGUAUCCACUUUGCGAGCCGCGAAUGAGAUUGCGAAUUCGCCCUGAGAUGAGCCGGCGGUCCUAUCGCAGAACUCGCUGGGGCAAACAAGCAUGCUGGUGAAUGGGAGGUCCGUGGGGGGUUUCCUGACGGAGCGGCUCCCAUUGAAAUCCCCAAAUUGCUCCCAGUGCUAACCGACGGGGUUUCAAACCUGUAGGUAAAAGGACCGUGGCGGGGAGCCACUGGGGUGGCUUUCCGGGGAAAGCCGUGACCGCAACGUUGCCAUAAUCAUGCUCUCGCAGUGAGAACAUGACCCGUCCACGAACGCUGUCCCCGCGUGGGCAGCGCCCAGUACGUGAGGCAGCGAUAGUGGCUGUGGUAUGCGGAGAGGUAAGGAUCGCAACCAGGAAAUACACACAAACGGAAAGGCACCUUUAAGAAGAUGCUCUCCGUGAGUGCCACUCUUUUAGUAGGGAAAUAUACUCUUUUAGAGGAAGAAUAUACUCUUUUAGGCUGCUGAAGCGCCCAGGGGCAUUCUCUGCACUCAGCCGGUGGGGGAGAAGCCGCUGUAAUGCGCCAUGAAUCCAACAGCUUUUGUAGAGGUGAAUGCAGCUUGCUGAAACACAACCGCUCGGCUCCGAAGAAAAAAUCUGAAUGAGGGGUUGCAUACCAGCUCCUUUUAUACCCGUAUGUCCGGGGGAGUGGCAUGCAAAUUCCUCUCGCCAAUUCCCAUUGGCCUUUUUUCAAAGAUCAGAGGUGUUUGGGGCUCCCAAGGGCAACCCCUCGUGUCACUUCAUCGACACAACAUCGAGUGAGUGACAGAAGGGGAACAAUAAUUAACAUUGAUGGUAAUAUCUUUGUCUUCAAUGUUGUUCAGACAUCAAUUCUGAAUCUGGACUAAUGUGAAGCCUGUAGAUCAGCUCGCUUUAGAUCACUAUAAAUUCUGAAAUAUGUUAUGAUGUUAUGGGCUUCUGCUAGUGUUUCUCUGUUCAUGUUCUCCUGAAAUUACAUUGAUGACAUUACUCACAUGUGUUUAUUUAAAUCCGUUUCUUUCCAGUUUCAAACAUGCAGCUGAAUGAUAUUCUCAUUUUAUCAAAGAUGAUUGUAUGUAAUACAAUUCUACAAGCACAAUUAUUUAUUUUUCAACCAUGAAUAAAACUCUUUGAAAAGUGUGAUUUAAUGAUUUGUAUUCUAACAGCAGAAAAGGCAAGUGAAGGAAUUAAUAGAUGUUACAAAAUAAAUGCAACAAAACAAACUUA